AGCGCGCGCCGCGGCGGACUGCUCCAGAAUUCGGGCCGCGACGGACCUCUCCGGACUUCGCGCCGCGGCGGUCCUCUCCAGCACCAGUGUCUGGUCGAGGAGGCGGAGGCCGUGGGAGCUGACCUCGCGCGCACGGCGUGGUGUCGCAGGAAGCACCUUGGACUGCUCUGCCACACGCUCGCCGUGGUCUACUCUGCCUCGCGCUCAACGGGGACUACUCUGCCUCCAAACCAGCGUGCAGCCCCACAAGCAUGGCAACGAGAAGGCUCCAGUUUGGUGAAGUAGGAGAGCAGGGAGAUGUUCCGGUGAGAAAAGAACAGGAAGUCAUUGUCGAAGAGGCAACAAGGUGCAAUCUAGGGAUGCAACAGGAUGUAUCAGAGAAUCAAGGAAUACAGGGGGGGUUUCAAAUGAAAGGAGGAUGAACAUAGACGAAGGAAUACACACACCACAUGCAUCGAGCAUGACCGAGGGUGAAGAAGGAUGUAGCAGAAAUAUAAUCACACCGCCUGCAACUGUUGACCCAUCUGAUAUUCAGACACCGAAUCCUGGACAUAUAUACACACAUAGAGACGACAUGGACGAAGCUUGGAUUCCAAGAGUGGGUAGGUGCUUCAAAUCAGAGGAAGAAGCACAUGAAUUCUACUGUACAUAUGCUGAAAAGGCAGGUUUCGAGCCAAAAAAGGCUAACAAGUCAGGGAAUACUAGGUACUUUAGGUGCAAUCGUUUUGGAAAAGGAGAGUACUACAAGAAAGACGAGGCAGAACGAAAAACGGGCAAGACAUCAAAGAAGACAUCGUGCCUGGCGAUGAUAAAGCUAAAGUUUAGACGUGAUGAAGAAAGUAAUGAAAAAGUAGCGGAGAUAGAGCAGGUCAGACUAGAUCAUAACCAUGUGUUGCUCCCAAAGCCUACAGAGACAAAACAGAUGAGGGCGCACAAGAACAAAGAUCCUCUGCUUCUAGACUAUGUUGAUGACCUACAAGCAAAUGACGUUCCUAACCAUUGCGUUAGAAACAUAAUAAGAGGUAUGCAUGGGGGUGAGGAGAACAUAGCAAUGACCGACAAAGAUCUGGAAAAUAGAAGGGCAGCGAAUAUGAGGGCGGAGCAUGCUAAUGACGUGAACAAGCUGAUGGAAUUCUUCAAAGACUGUGAGGCAGAGAACCCCCAAUUCCGGUGGGAGGCAAAGCUUGACACGAAUGGAUGCAUACACAGCAUAUUUUGGAGCCAUGCAAGCAUGCAAGGGGACUAUAUAGAUUUUGGUGAUGCAAUGACAUUUGAUACAACAUAUAAAACAAAUAUUUAUGAUAAACCACUAGCUAUGUUUGUUGGCUCUGACCAUCACCUACAUAACACCGUUUUCGGGUGUGCACUGCUCGGAGAUGAAAAACAGGAAACAUUCGAGUGGGUUUUCAAAGCAUUUAAAAAAUGCAUGGUCAAGAACCGAACAAAAUGUAUUCUGACAGAUGAAGAUACAGCUAUGGAAGCAGCAAUCAAGAAGGAGUUUCCAGGGAUAACUCACAAAAUAUGCAGGUGGCAUGUAGUAAACAGGCUAUCUUCGGAGCUGAACAAAUUGUAUGAAAGGUACAAGAAACGAGACUUCAAGCAAAAAUUUAAUUCGGUGCUAAACCAUCCACUAACACCUUGGGAGUUUGAGGCAGCAUGGAAUAAUCUAAUAGCAGAAUUUAAACUAGAAGAAAAUACUGCACUUCAAAGCCUUUAUGAUCAGCGCAAAAGGUAUAUCCCAGUCUAUUUCAAAGGUGAUUACUGUGGAAGAAUGGCAUCCACACAACGCAGCGAGAGCACUAAUUUUAUUAUGAAGAAGUGUUUUGUGGGAAAGAAAACAGCAUUGCACAGGUUUGCGAAGCAAGUACUUAAUUUUUUGCAUACAAGGAGGAUGAAGGAAGGUGCGGAGACUUACCAUGGAACGAGCAAGACCCUUACAAAGACCAAAUGGGAAUUCGAGAUACAAAUGGGAAGAAUUUACAGUAGAAAUGUGUUUAAAGACUUCGAGACAAAACUGUUUGAAUGCACUGCAUAUAAGAUUGAGGACGAUACAGAUGCAGGUAGGAAUUACUAUCUAAUAUGUCAUACACACAAGACUACGAAGAUAUGUUGGGGGCAACACAAAUUUAAAGUACGAGCAGACAAAGAGAAGUAUGAUUUCAGCUGCGAGUGCAGGGAGUGGGAGCACACAGGCCUAUUCUGCGUUCAUUUGCUGCGGACCUUCAUUCACAUACAAAUUGAUAAAAUACCUGCGAAAUACAUUUUCAAGAGGUACACCAAGUCAGCAAGGAGAGAUGUGGCAUUUAGCAGGGAAGACAAGAUUUUAACAGGAGACGAUGGAAACACAAAAAACUAUAGAACAAAAUUGCUACUGAAAAAGAGCACAAAAGUUGUCCAAGCAGGUAGCAUGUCGAAGGCUGCGUUUGAAAGAGCAAUUGAAGGGAUGGAUAGCGUGUUCAACGAAAUAAAGGACAUCCCGCAUGAUAUUGGGCCAAAAAAAAACACGACAGGAAGAAAUACAACAGGACAGGAAACAUAUAGGCAAGGAGACAGUGACGAAGACAUGUGCGGGCACAAUGAAGGUACACAGGAAAUUGGGCAAACAAGUAAUGCAGUUGUCACGGAAAAUAAUCCAUGUCAUGACCACUUGAACAUGGCAUCAGGAGAGGUAAAUUGAAAUUGCAUGAACAUUGAAUGAAAUUGAAGUGCAUAUGAUAGCUGUAGGUGUGAAUUCUUAUAUGAAAAUGGAUAAAUGAGCAUCCAACU